ACGAGCGGCGAAUGAUGAAAAUAGAAAUUAGUCAGGGCGGCGUAAUGAGAUUGAACCAAACUUCCUCCCCAUAAUGAAGAGGCCCCGCCCUAAAACAAUGUCCGGGGCCUGGCGGGGGCGGGGCGGGGGUGUAAUAAAUGCGUGACUCCGCCCCUCACGCAGGUACAGCCAAUCCUGCUCCUCCCUGACUCCGCCCAAAGGCUCUUGACGGGGAACCUCUGCGCGCGCACACGACACUGUAUCUCCUGUGCGGGCUACAAGUUGUUGUGCGUGGCGUUUAAGCGGGAGGUUUAUUGGGUGUGUGUUGAAGUGCAUGAGCGAAGAGUGUGUGGAGGAGGAGGGGUGCAGUGAUUAAACCCGGAAGCUUAUGUAGGAAGGCGGAAACAGACACGGACAAGAGAGGAGGUUUUGUGACAGGACCCCCCAGCCCUCCCAUGAGCGGCCCGUCGGGUUCCGCUGUGUGCCGCUCCACCACCACCACCAUCCACCACCACCACCUUGGAGCAGCCAGCCACCACCGCCACCGCCACCACCACCACCACCACCGCCACAGCCAUGAAGAAAUUGGGAAGAACAAAGGCACCGACAGUCAAACGAGAGCGGGUGUCGCCUUCCCGCGGGGACAGCGUGGGCCUGUCGGUGGUGGCGUCGCAGGGCUGCGGCGAGGUGUGCCAGGGCUGCCGGGACGUGAUCGCCGACCGCUUCCUGCUGCGAGUCAACUCCCGCUCGUGGCACCAGACGUGCCUACGGUGCUGCGUGUGCCAACUGGCCCUCGACCGCCAGCCCUCCUGCUUCAUCAGGGAGCACAACGUGUACUGCAAGACCGACUACACCAGAAACUUCGGGGCGCGGUGCGCCAAGUGUUGCCGCAGCAUCGGCGCCGCGGACUGGGUGCGGCGGGCGCGGGACCGUGUUUACCACCUCGCCUGCUUCGCCUGCGACGCCUGCAAGCGGCAGCUCAGCACCGGCGAGGAGUUCGCGCUUCACGACAGCCGCGUGCUGUGCAAGCAGCACUACCUGGAGUCCAUCGAGGGCGGGGCGACAAGCAAUGACGAGAACACAGACGGCGAAGGCAGCCAGCGGAAGAGCAAGCGGGUGAGGACAACCUUCACGGACGAGCAGCUGCAGGUGCUUCAGGCGAACUUCCAGAUCGACUCCAACCCGGACAGCCAAGACCUGGAGAGGAUCGCGCAGCUGACGGGCCUCAGCAAGAGAGUCACGCAGGUGUGGUUCCAGAACUCCCGCGCCAGGCAGAAGAAGCACAUGUCCUCCAAGAAACAGCAGCAGGGAGUGGACCGCGCCCUACAGGACAUGAACGGCUCCCUGGCACGAAGCAUCGACCUCCACUUCAUGUAUUCCUUCAGACCCCACAGCGUCGAGCCCGAUGAUUCUUCUUCCCCUGAGACGCCCAUAAUGACGAUGAUGCACGGGGAGGUGUGACGUCACGCUCUGGGGUGAGGCGCGUCCCGUUGAAAAGGCUAAUCCCCUCCCCGGAGCACCAGCAAGACCAAGACCGAGACCCAAACGUCGCUUUAUUGUUUACACGCCGCCAGGAGAAAACGAAGAGAUGGAGAGAUGGACAGGCGGAAUGAGGGGAGGGAAAGAUUCGUGUUUUCUUUCUCUUCCUCUUCCUCUUCCCUUUUCUUGUCUUUUCUCUUCGUUAGCUGUCAGAUUUCUCUUUUUUUGCGAUUCACUGGUUACUGUUGUUGAUUUUUUCUUAGUUUCUGUCUCUUAUUUUAUUAUUUUCUUUUUCUUGUUCUGUCUUUCUUAUUCUGUCUCUCUUAUUCUCUCUCUCUCUUUCUCUCUCUGGUCAAGAAAAGCUGAAUUUUUAACAAAGAGCAUUAAAUACUGCUUUAUUUCUUCGUUUCUUUCCUUCCUCUUCGUCUUCUUCUUCUUCAGCAGUGUUAUAUGAUACAAAUUAUUAGAUUUUCUGUACAUCUAUUACUAUUUCUUUCGCGGUACGUUUAACUUGCCAUCACAUAUCAUUAUUAUCAUCACCACCACCAUUACCAUCUUGUCAUCAUCACUAUCAUAACCACCAUCACCAUCACCACCGCCACCACCAUCGCCAUCAUUAUCAUUCACUCAUCGUCACCAUCAUCAGUAUAUAUAUGUAGUUAUAAUGUCCAUAGUGGUAGCUGUGUCAGAGUACUAAAUGUGUCUUUCAGUGUUCAUUGUACAGCGAUGGGGUGCUGAGUGCUGAGUGAGUGCUGAGAGGUGUGUUGUGGUGCUGGAGGGCGACUGCUGAUUCACGAGUGUGCUGAUCUGUCAACAGCCUUCAUUGUUUUUUUUUUUUUUUUACAUCUGUCGUCUGUAUUGUCGAUUAUUCUCUCCUUUGAUUGAAUUCAGGGUUUUAUGUUAACGGAUAAUGAACUGUAAAUGUCAUGCUUCAUUAUAUCACUCAGUUUUUUUUUUUUUUUCUGGUCAUUUCUGCAUAAUUUGUCGAUUUGCUUUUUUCUUUUUUUAUUUAAGAUAUCACAUUGCUGGAUAAUGAAAUGUAAAUCAUACGCUUCAUUAUAUUAUUCAAAUUCUCCUCGUCACUUAUAAUCACAUGAUGCAAAAUCACAAAUAACUCAGACAAUUAACGCUUCUACUGCUGGCUUUUAUUAUAACAUCCAAGAUCUCGUAUGUUAGUAACACAAUGGAAAAUUAAAUAUACCGUGAUACAAAUAUAUCCAAGUAGUCCCUGCCUGCUGCUGCUGCUGCUGGCGUGAUCUGAUCCUGAUGUCAGUUCUGGUCUGGAAACAAGAGAGGAUGCUCGCCUCUCUCUUGCCAUCAGUGGACGUAGUUGUUUAUCAGUAUUUAGUCGUGUUUAAUGUCCUGUGCAAGGAAAGCGGCGGAAGAAGACACGCAAUAUGUCUUGGAAGAAAUAUUCGUCAUAAUGUGAAAAAAAAAAAAAAUUAAGUAUUAAAAUAUCUACAAUGGACGGAAAGUUCCUAGUUCCUGUCGAUUUGUGUUCACUUGCCACGUGGAGGUUCGUUCUAACGGUGCAAAACGCGGCGCACCGCUGCUCUGCUGGUGGUGUCUGUGCUGCGGUAAGUGACUAUGCUGUAAUGUUCCACCCUAAAGGUAUUUUUUCUCUGCAGGACAAGAACACGAGAUGAAAAUUUUUCACGUUAAUCUUAAAAUGAGUUCAAUUAUCUCGGGAAGGAUCGGUGAAUCCAUUAACCCAAAGCUUCACUAUAAGAACUCGAAUCAUUAAGGAUAAUUAUGAUAAAGGGACACGCGAACGAACAUCUCUUAUUAUUUAACGCAUUAUUUUAAAAGCACUUACGAUAAUGGACCGACUGACGACUAUACACAUCCAUUAAUACAGAAGACUUAACUAACAAAUGUGAGGCACCGUUUGUAACUGCGCGUCGUUUAAUAUCCUAAACGACAAUUCAGGCUGUAAACGGUAAUCAGCCACUCUGACAUGCCUUUAUUCGUGACUUCACACCGUCGUGAAGACAAUGCGAAACAACCCGUACAGUGCAGUGAGGAGUGUUGCGGGAAGGGACCACUUGCAGGACUAAGUUGUAUCAUGGAUUUCAUUGCACAUCUCCGUAAACGACACCUCGAGGAAAUCAGUCCUUAUCUCUUUCACAGGGCUAUUAUUCGCAAGUGCUUGAUUAUUUAUGUCUCGAAAGUAUAACUGACGAUUGGUUUGGAGGAGCUCUGAAGAUCUUCAAAUCACAUCCUUGAGAUAACCUGUCCUUUCAUCGAGUUGCCAUAACUUGUCAGUAAUCCUUUGAAUACCUUACGUAAUGCUCAUUGGGUAUUUCCUCCUUCAAAUCACAUCCUUUCAUCGUGUAGGCCUCAUUCAUGUCAAUCACCCAUGAAUUAGCAGCCGCGUAAGCCACUCCCAUGGCAGUGACUAAGAGGACCACCUCCCACCCCCCCCUCCACAACACACGUGCCGGCUGUCCCAGUGUCACCAGUGCUUACAUUCCACAAGGUACCUGUGAGUGCCACUGGACCCACCUGGACCCCUGCAUAUUGAGGAGCUUAGGAUGGUUCUGUGAGAUAUGCAUUUGUUUACAGUUACUGGAGGUCAGCGGGAGGGAGAAGAAGGUAACUUUGCGGAAUCACGCUCGUCUUACUGUGGAGGAUGAAACUUUUACGAAACUUUUCUCUGGUUUGUCAAAUUCAUCGCUACUUAGAGAAUUCAGUACAUUAAAAAAAGUGGUUAUUUUAUCAGAGAAAAAGACAUGCAACUAGUCUGUUAAAACCUUACAUUUCAUUAUUGUCAUGCCUUACUGUGGAUCAUCAUGUACACAGAAAUUGAUCUGAAGGUGGAUUAAAUUGCCCCGUGAGAAGCCUUACCUGGAUCACAUCUUUCCCAAGCCACUCACGGAGGCACGACACCGCCAGACCAAUGAGACCAGUGAUCGCCAAGCCCCGAGUGGAUUUCGCUCAGCCUUGGCUGUCCUGUCACUGCAGCUACAAAAUUAUUACCAUUGCAGCUUGUACAUAACCUGUCUGCCGUGUACCAUCACCUAACUCAUAAAGAAGGACACAGUAAUGACUUGUAUAACGAUGAAGAAUGCAGUGUUACCAGAAUAAAAAGGAAAAAAGCUUCCUCCGCUGCAGUGAGGCGUGCGUGGCUCCGUGAUACCACCCAUGUGUUUGUGCUGUAAAAUAUUAUAUAGGAUCUCUAAUGUAGCGUCUACUUAACUCUUAAGUCAAAAAAAAGGAUGCGUUUCCUUUGUUCGCGAAAGGAAUUUGUCUAUCCUGUGCAUCUAGUUCAGCUGAGCCAAAGACAAAGUUAUUAAUGGUGUGUGCUUCAACUUGCUCCCACACUCAUGGAUUUGUACUCACAGCAGCUUGUUUCCCUGAUCAUUAUUAGUGUUAGGAUUUUGAGCUGUAGAACUAACACACUAACCAGCAAGUGACCACCCCGCCACCACCUGGGAGGCGCCACUACCACCACCACCACUACCACACGGGAUGCACCUCUUGGAAUAUAUAGAAUAUACGGGAAGCCAGCAGGCCUACACGUGACAUUUGUAUAUAAUGUGUAUCUUUGUAUAUACUGUGGCCACGUAUGAUCCCUGCCUAUUCAUUUCUCUUAAUUUAUCCUCAAAACUCCUUAUUGACUGCAUCAACACCAUGAUACCUGAGUCAGUUCAAAGUGGAGGCAACCAGAGCAAAAAUCCUCACACAUCCCUGUUCAUACUUAGUCCUUGUACAUUCUCUCUCUCUCUCUCUCUCUCUCUCUCUCUCUCUCUCUCUCUCUCUCUCUCUCUCUCUCUCUCUCUCUCUCAUGGAGUAAUGAAAAAAAUACUCCGUUCAGCUAUACACAUCACUCGCACUGUUCUUCCUCUCUUCCACUUAUGUUCAGUCAAGUUCCUCCACUUCUCAGAUAUAAAAAAUUGCUUGACUGUAUACUGAGAUCAUAUCCGUGGUCUGGCUGCUGUGAACCGAUGCUAGCCUCAGGAAUAUUACCGGAAAUCACGUGUGGUGCGUCAAGUGUUCCUGAUGGUGCGUCAAGUGCAGGUGUGGAGUGGUGAGUGGUGGCGUGGUGUGCUGAGUGCCCCGGUGGUGUGUGGUGUGCACGGCAAGUUGAAGGUUUCCCGGAUCCCUGCUGCAGUAUUCCUGUCAGUAGUGUCUCGUCACCCUCACUCACUCCAGUGCAGUGGAUGUUUUCUCUCCAAGUAGAGCAAGUAACAUGUAGGGUGUUUAUUUAUUUCCGUAUGUACCACUUCAUCGCAGAUAUAAAACAUUGUUAUGUAAUAAAAUUUAUUGUUCA